GAUCAUCAGAUGAGGAGCGCAAUGAAUACUGUGGCGCUUACUGCUCAGUAUAAUCCUUUUUGAUUGAAUACUAAUUUGUUCUUAUUAUCUCACUCACAUUAAUUAUUCUAGAUAAUAUUAUUUUAUUGUUGAUUUUUAUUUACAUACCAUUUAACGUAUGAAAUUCAUAUGUCCCUUUCAUAUAGUAUCGCUUAAUGUAUAGCAAGUUAUAAACAGUGAUAUAAUAUUUACAUAAAUAAAUACAUUUAAGUGUUUACUUGAUUCUGGAAUUUAUGAAAGAGAUUAUUUGUUUGUAAACUGUGUAUUAUGUUUAAUAAAUUUAUUAUUUUACUAUGUUUAUUCAGUGUUAUAACCGCGCAAAGGUAUCCAGGUAUAAAUAUAAAUAAUUACUUUUCAAGAAACUAUUUCGAUGACCAACAGUAUACUAAAAUCAAUGCUGGUAUUGAAAAACUGGAACACUCCCCACAAUGGGUGAAAGACUGGCCGGAUGCCUCUGUGAAGCUUGGACAGGUGUCUGGAGUAGCUAUUGAUCCAUCAGGCCAUAUUCUUGUGUUUCAUAGAGCAUCAAAUGUAUGGGAUGCUAGUACAUUUUCAAUUACCAAUGUGUAUCAAGGUAUUGGUGAAGCGGCUAUUGCCCACCCAACGGUGAUGGUGUUUAAUGAAACAGGAGAACUGGUCGAUAUGUGGGGAGAGAAUCUGUUCUUUAUACCUCACGGCAUAACAGUGGAUGGUUCGGGAAAUGUUUGGCUGACAGAUGUCGCCCUGCACCAGGUGUUCAAAUUUACACCGGAUCAGAGAAAGGUUCCUGCCCUUACUCUUGGGGAAAAAUUUGUGCCGGGCGAAGACGAGACCCACUUCUGCAAGCCUAGCGCUGUGGCCGUCCACUCUUCGGGCGACUUCUUCGUGGCAGACGGCUACUGCAACACCAGGAUCAUCAAGUACUCCGCGGACGGUAACAGGAUACUGCAGUGGGGGAGGCGUUUCGGGUCGACUCCAUUCACAUUGAACGUGCCUCACGCGCUUACGCUCGCGGAGGAACACGCAGCCCUGUGUGUAGCAGACCGCGAGCGAGGCCGGGUUGCGUGCUUCCGCUCCGAUAACGGCUCGUACGUACAUUCGUACUCGCACUGGCUCAUCGGACCACGACUCUUCAGCGUCGCCUACUCGCCCAUACACGGUGGUAGGCUGUACGUGGUUAACGGGCCUUCCAACAGCGGGGUUCCGGUCCGCGGAUACGUCAUAGAGUACACGUCGGGGCGCCUCAUUCAGACCUUCGCUGCGGGCGAGUCGUUGUCCAACCCGCACGACAUCGCGGUGAGCCCCGGCGGCGACGUAUACGUGGCCGAACUCAAUCCCUACCGCGUCUACAAGUUCGUCGACGAUGCGCUACGGAACGAGAGCUUUAAGCAAGAACCCACCAACUCCAGCCAUGCCAAACCUACCGCUACUGUUGAAGUGAGCGGAGUAGGUGUGGGCGUAGGCGAGGGAAACGUAUGGGACGGGUGGUCGGGAGCCGCGGGGGGCGCCUUGGGGGCUGCGGGCGCCGCCCUCGUGGCACUCGCGGCCAUGGCGCUGCUCAACGCUCGCAACAGAGGUAAGCGCGCCGCAGACACGCAGCCGCUCUGCGACGACGUCGACUGACCAGUUGACCACGCCUCCGUCGCUCGCAAGCCACGCCCGUACCCCACUGACCUCUACUAUUUACCACUGGACUGGCGGCUGUCAAAGUGCUUUUGUGUUUGGCGCUGUUGGCUAUGUAGCGAGAGUCUGCGGUACUAAAACAAGUGAUGACAACCUCAGCGAACAUCGAUAGAUGAUGGGAAACUAUUUACAAAAAAAAAUUGUGUACUUGAAGUAUAAAUAACACGGAAACGAAUGCAAUUAAUAAUAAGAGAUGCAUAAAUACUAUAGAGUAUUGUACGUUCCGUCGCAGCCAUUUGUAUUAUACUCUCGCGAGUGGUGCUUCAAAUAGGCACAAAAAAUUUGCUGUCAAACAUAUGGAACAGCCUGUGCAGUGGUAUUUAUACAGGUCAGUGCCGUACUCUCACCUCGCAAGUCUGUAUGACGAAUGAAAUGUUUGCAUUGCAUUUUUAGGUAUAAGAAGUUAGUUCUAUGAAUCUGCAAGACCUCUAGUAUUGCAGAUGUAUUCACGCUCAGACGUUUGCCCUUUCGUACCUGUCCAGUAUAAAAAAGUGUAUGUGCUUAUGUAUGCACGCAAGAAGUUUCUUUGGCCUAACGAAGUAAAAACCAUUAAAAUCAUUUAUUGCUGGUGCUAUUCUACGAUUUUAGAUAUUAAACAUAUACUUCUCUAGGCGCGUUAUGAAAAAAUGAUGAGAGUGAAAUUUUAAGAUGCGCGCGCAUCACUGUAAAACAAAAGUAACAGGUUGAAGUUGGUUCCUAAAAUUUUCUGACCUUUGCGACAUUCUUAUUUUUUUUAGUUUCUGCAAGAUUUUUACAAAAUUUUUCUUUCUAGAAACGUAGAAUAGCACGAGGAAUAAAUCAUUUUAAGGACUUUUGCUUUGUUAGGCCAAAGAAGUAUCACUUCUUGCGUGCGUACAUACUUAUGUACUUACACACACACACUUUUAUUUAUUUCAUUAUUGACAGGGUCGCAUAUACGAAACGAUCAGACUGUUAGAAAGGACGGAUUACGUAUAUGUGGCCCUUUAGAACAUAUAACGCACUAUUUAAAGUAAAAAAUUAACCCUAAAACUUGACGAUAAUACCCAACCAAUCGGUUAAGUGCUGCAAAAUAAUUAAUAUUAUGAUAGGUAAUACAUAUUUAAUGAAAUUUUUGAAAAAUAAAUAAAAUACAUUCCUUUAUUAUGAUCUCAUUUUGUCAAUAUAUUUUGCGAAAAAAAAAACUUAAAACUUUGUUUCUUCCUGAACAAUUCCUUAUAUAUUUAUUACUAACAGGCUCUUAACUUGUUUUUAUUUUACAUUUUUUAAUCAAAGUCAAAUAAUCUCACAUGUCCGGUUAAUUCAUCCAUUUAUUUGUAGUGCGCACCAUCUUGGAUGAGGAAUUAGCAAACAUUGACAGCUAACAUUUUUUUUCUUUUACUUAAGCCUACACGGACUUCAACGACUAAAGUCAUCAACAGAAUACUUACGUUUUUACUAGGCGCUAGUAUUUGAAUGAACGCUAAAGUUUUGGUCCCUAUAAAAGUUGAGGGCGUUAUUUGCAUUUUGCAAUUUCAAAUAUGUCGGCCUUAAUGAUUAUUUGGUCCAAUUGUCCAAUGUCCAAUGAAAAUUGAAUUUAAAAUGGCAGUUGUUAACUAUUUGUUAUAAAAUCAAAAUUACUUCAUUCUGUUUCAUAUAGGUAUUAUUUGACUUUGAUAUGGCAUGCUCUAAAUAAAUUCCUUGUGUGUGUGAAUUUAACUAGUUAAUUUUGUAUCUCUGCUUUGUUUAUGCGCCAUUCUCAAUCAUUUUUCGAAAUAUCUAUUGACUAAAUCGUUGCUAGCAUUCUAAAUGUGUCACAAAUACUAUACUAUACGAAGAGAUAUCGCUACGCCUAAACAUGUUUUUUGUAUGUUUAGAAAUAUAAACUUAGUUUGUACCAAAAUUUAUUGAUGAUAUAGGAUUCGAAUCCGCGAUUAUCGGUAAACUCCCCAGCGCUUUUACCAACUAAUCCAACCGUCCGAAUUACGCAUGAUCGUUUGGUAUUUUGUUACACUCUCGGGUUGUGACGCCAUCUACAGGAUCUACUUAACAGUUGAUAACAGCCCCAAUAGUAAAAUAAGAAAUUGACUUGAGAUACUUACUUAGAUGUUUAGAUUUGAAAGAGAGAGAAAACCUGAGAGUUGAACAAACAUACCAAGAUUUACUUAUCAUUCGAACUGUUGGAAUUUGCAUUAAUUUGGUACUUAUUAUCCCAGAGGUGGAUAUCACUUAAAAAAUUACAAAUUGUGUAUAUAACAAGGGUUAAUCAGGCGUUAUUCAGUCUGCUUUUAGCUGAAUAUUAAAGUGUAAUAUAAUACCACGCUUGUGAAGAAUAUAAUUCCAAUGGUAUGAAUGGAAUUAUAUGCUUUAUCUACACCCAUGAUUGAAAUCCUCAAAUAAAGAUUCUAAAACAGUUAGCUUAUUGCCAACAUUAAAAACAACCUGACCUAAUAACCAUCACAUCACCAAAACGAGUGUUGUAAUGAAAUUCAGUACAACAUUACAACACUCGUUUGGAUCAUGUAAUGGUUACUAUGACAGGCUUUUUUAAUGUUAGCAGUAAGCUAACUGUUUACGAAUCUUUUAUUAUGCAACUGUUGAUAAUAAGGUAUUAAAACACUCAUGUGAUACUAUUAUCACACUCUGCUUCGCCUCGUGUGAUAAGCCCACAUUCGUGUUUUAAUGCCCUUUAUUACACAACAGUUGCAUAAAUAACUAUUUAUUAACGUUCUGUGCCUAUAGCCUACCGUUAACACAAAAGACACUGUGAUAAAGUUUGACAAGAUAUUGUGUCAACUUUUAUAUAUUGAAGAACUUGAUAAUAUCGCUAAUUGUAUUGGAACUAGUUUUCUGAUUGUUUCUUUUGUUUUUGAUUGAUAAUAAUGAAUAAGAUCUAUUGAACUAAUAAGCGUUAGUUAAGUAUAUUGCCUUAGAAAGCGUAAGUAAUAAGUCUUUAGAAGUGGGCUGAAGGCACUGAAUUUUUUUUUUGUAGAUUUGUGAGACUGAUAAUUACAUAAACACCUACAAGUAUUGAAUUGUGUUGUAACAUUCCGUUCCCAGUGUAAGUAGAAGAGUGUCAUAUUUCGCUUAGGGGACAAUCAAAAAUUACGUCACACUUUAUGGGGGAAGGGGGGAUAAUCAAAUGUGAUACAGGGGAGAUGAAAAGCUGUCACGUCAGUGCUAAAGUCUAAAAUAUUCAAACUCGAAAAUAAUGUAAAACUGAAUUUAAAGAAAUAGUUAUAACUCGAUCUUUAUUUAUAAUAUGAAAAGCGGCUAAGUGCGAGUCGGACUCGCCCUUGAAGGGUUCCGUAACAUAAUAUAAAAGUUUAAAAGAUCUUUUAUAUUAUUUUACAAGGUUUACGAUUUAUGACGUGUUAAAAAAUACUUACUAGAUCUCGUUCUAACCAAUUUUCGGUGGAAGUUUGCAUGGUAAUGUACAUCAUAUAUUUUUAGUUUUAUCAUUCUCUUAUUUAGAAGUAACAGGGUGGCGGGGGCAUCUUACCACUUUGAAAGUGUCCCUCGCGCAAACUAUUCAAUUAGAAAAAAAAAUAUAUUAGAAACCUCAAUAUCAUUUUUGAAAACCUAUCCAUAGAUAUGAUGAAAAACCCCACACGUAUUUUUUUUCUAUUUUUGUAAGAAAAUCUUAAUGCGGUUCACAGAAUACCAAUUGUCAACAGUAUAGUUCAGACAUUUUAGACAUGACGAAUCCAUAAGGGUUCCGUUUUUGCCAUUUGGCUACGGAUACCCUUAUGAUAGUAUGUAGGUUUAAGUCGUCGGUGAUAUCUAGGUCGCUGUCUGAUGUA